AAACCCGACGGUGAUAACAGUGCAUUGCAGAACUUCACCUUGGUUUCAAAGUAAACGUCAUGGUGAAAAGCGAGGUGGAGGUGACUAUAAACGCGGAGGAGGCUCCAGUGGCAAGUAGGCCUAAACCAUCCAAGAAAAAGAAAAAAAAGAAUAAGCCUGGCAAAUACAGUGUUCUUGUGCUAGACGCUGUCAAAAAGUUGAAUGAGCGAAGCGGUUCGUCUUUGGUAAAAAUUUAUAAUGAAGCCAAGAAGGCAAGCUGGUUUGAUGAGCAGAAUGGGCGAACCUACCUGCGGUAUUCCAUCCGAGCACUGGUACUCAACAACACGCUGAUCCAAGUAAAGGGCAUGGGGGCGAACGGUUCCUUCAGGCUCAAUGAAGAUAAGUUCGCGAAAGGGGUACCGAAAAAGACUCAGUCCAAGCCAGCCAAGACCACCACGAAAACUACCAAAGCAUCGACUACCAAGAAGGCAACCGUUAAGCCAAAGGCGAAGAGCAGCCCGAAGAAGGCACCAGAUGCAAAGAAGCCCGCGGCUAAACUGAAGAAGCUUGGUGUCAAAAAGGUGAGCGCUGCACAGAAGAACAAGAAGCCGAAGAAGGCCAGCAAGCCACCAGCCAAGUCACCGAGGAAGAAGUAGCCUAGUCGCUAUCAAAUACAGAACUUUAUUUAAGAUUUUUAUUUUUAUACAUCUUUUGUUGUAGUUUUUUUUUCUUCCAUGGUUUGUUUCACUGGCAUACAAUGCAUAAUCAACCGAUUAUUAUAGGCUAAAAGUUGUUUUCUAUGUUUAUUCUCUGCAAGGCAAUGAUUGGCUCAGUGGCGUAUUGUCAGAGGGACCAUGAGUGUAGUGUUGCUUUGAAUAACAGGCAACGCCCCCAGUUUUAUGUUGUCACUUGUCAGUCCGAGAUUCCCUGCUACAAAAUGUUACAUUCUAACAAAUAUGUUUUUACCUUUACCCAAAGGUUUCCCCUUACGGAUAUGACCAGGAAAUCCUAAUCGUGACUUUUCAUUAUUUUUGAGGUGUCUGACAACAUUGCGAAAGUGUAUUUGUAAUUCUGAGAAACUGAUGGUUUAAAAGACUAGGUCUAUUUGAGGAAAGGUGGCAUUGAAGUGAUUGUCAAUCUCUGUAAAUAAAUACCUUAACACUA